AUGCAUCUUGUCAUAAUUCUCGUUUACGCCACAUCCGGUUUCCAUGUUCUACUAGGUCUGCUGAGUGUUUGUUUGGGUGUUAUAUCCUCUAUUAAGUCAGAAGUAUGGCUGGCACACAGAGUUUCACCGAUUUGGAGUGGAGGAUUCUUUAUCAUAACGGGGAUCGUUGGCGUGGUGUGCGCCAGAAGAAAAUCAUCAUAUGUGAUAAUGUGUUUUACGGCAUUUAAUGUCGUGUCCAUGGUAACGGCUGUCGUCAGCAUUCAGCUUCUGAGACUGGGACUCGUAAACCACACAACAGACGGGGAGACGAUACAGAAGGCGGUAAAGGACAUGCUUAUUCUGGUGGCCUUAGGAGCGGCAGGAACGGAAUGUCUAGUGUGUCUCAUAUCCACCGUCCUCAGCUGUCGUGUGGCUAAAAUUGCAAAGGAGGAGAUGUCAAAACAGCGCGAGGGAAUGUUCUAUGUAAAGGAAGACACAGAUACCUUUGAAUGUUCAAACAGAUCAUUUGAUGCAGAUGUCGAUGAGGGUGCUUACACGGCAGACGAGAGUGGCAUCAGUAUUGAUAUAGAGGAUCCUCAUUACCGAGUUGACAUGGAUACCAAGGGCAAUAUUUCCAUGGCAACUAAUAUUCGAACAGACAGGGAGUUUGACGGUAUCAUAUAUGAAACUGAAAGCGCUUAUGCUAUCAUUAAGACAAAAGCUGAACCUGCCAUCAACUUUUAUAAGGCUGAUCUAGAUGUUAAGACGUUGCCUUCAGCAAAUGAAAGUAACAACUGUUAUACAGCCGAACAAGUAACGGAGACUUUUCCCAAUUCAAUGGAUGGUAAUCUUAGUGAGAGUAGUGAGGAGGAAGAUUCCGAUAGUGAUGAGGACACUGAAGUCAAAACUUCGGACAACAUGCCUCAGUAA